GGUAUAUGUUAAGUGUGCAAACAAACAAACAAUAUAAGUCGGUAUUACAUAAAUACAUAAACAAACUUAUUUAAGCCUAGAACAUAAGAAAAUUACAGCUCGUAAUGUCUUCUAACAAUUAUACAAUGGCUGAAGCUGGAAAAAAUCCACCAACUCAAAUUAACUUAAGGCGUCCUGUACAAAUAGUAAAGAAGCGUUCAGGACCAUUAGACGAAGUAUUAGCAGAACUUAAUAAAAGCGAAACCGUCAGCACAACGACUUUCAUGCAGUCAUCAUCAAAUUACGUUAAAUCUGCAGCUGCACCAACAAAUUUUGCAUCACAUGUUAAAAGUGCAAAUGUUACACGCCCAUCACCUACCUUAACUCGGCGCCGUUCAACUCUUAAAGAUAAAGAGAAGAAACGCGAACGAUGGCUCUUGACAAGGAAAACAUGGAAAUAUAUGACAGAUGCCGGCCGUAAACUUAUACCUGAUGGCGUUCAAAAUAGACAAGAAGAUAUACCAAAGAUCGAGGCACAUUUCCAAAAAGUAUGUGCUUCAGAGCCACAUUUUGUUCUAUGGAGGCGCAAAUCAUCUUAUCCUGGUGCCAUGCGUAAUUCGAAAAAACGCCUUAAGCAACUACUUCAACAUACAGGCCAAAAACCACAAGUCUUAGAGCAAGAAGAAAUAAAUAAUGCUGAUCUUGUAUUAGAGCUCUUACAUAGCCAUUUGAAAUUGGAUGAAGCUAUUAAAACUGAUACACUUUUAGGCACUAAAACAGAAGGUCCCCAUCAAACUAACUCACCUAGUGCCCAAAGACCAAAACCCAUAACCAGAUCCAUAAGAAAAAGCGAUGGAAUGAACGUUUCUCUAAGGGGACCUGGCUUUCUACCACCAGCAGCAACCCAGUUGCAGGAAUUAAGUAUGGUCGAUCAAUUACUGCAGCAACUGUCAGCAUUAUCUCGUAGUUCCAUGCUUCCUGAUACCAUCGAUCUACCACCUGAGAAAAUAAAUGCCGAACUGUUAAAUGAUAAAGCGACUUUGAAGAAGAUAUACAACGCUUUAAAAAAGCAACAGCUACACCGUAUUCUUACGAAACAUUCCAUACCGUCAAAGCCGCGUACAAAUCUGACUCAUUCAACAUCCAUGUUGUCGCUUUUGCAUUUUGGUAGUAGCCAUCCUAAGACUAAAACAUUCAUCAGCACCACCGAUAAAUCAAUAAAAACGAAAUCACCAACAGCAGCUUCUAAUUUUUCAUCGAUCCCAUCCAUAUCCUCCUCAAAUACUUCUAUAACUCCUGUUACCACAGCAGCGCAACACACACAUUCAGGCAUUCAGCCAGUUGUACCACAGAGGCAACGAAAACCCCCUACAAGUUUAAAUUUAUCGGGUAUUUCUAAUUGUUCUAGAAAAGAUCAACAACAUCGACCUGCCGUAAUAGAAAAACAAUUAAAUUCAUGUGGCACACAAACAAAUUUUAUACCUUUAAGUGAAAUAAAAAGACUAGCCGAGGAUUAUAAAGAAUACAAAAGGGAAGAGAUUGCGGCAGAAGCUGGUGGAGGAGCAGGAGGAGGUAUUGUUACAACAGAUGAUGAAGGUGAAAAACAAGCGACAAGUUAUUCCCACCGUCGGAAAAGUUCCAUUGACAACGAGGAUGUCUCACAAUCUGUAAGCGAUACGAUUAAACGUUAUUUGCGAAUGGCACGCAAGAAGAGCAUUCAUGAUGAGAACGCUAACCGCUUUAAACGCGUUAACUAUGAUAGAAAUUUACGCAACAUACAAGCUAAAGGAGAAAUAAAUCCACCCGGAAUGGAUGAGGAUAAUAAUAAGGCUGUUCAAACGUUAGAUGCAUGGGCUUUAAUAACACUAGACUUUAUACGGGGUAAUGAAAACUCCGGUGUAUUAGAAACGGCUCACAAUGAUUGGCAAAAGGCAUUGGAGGAGCGUAUACAAAGAAAAUUAGAAUAUGAACAGAAAAUUAGUGAAAAAUAUGAUCGGCAACAGCAACCGCGAUCAAGCGUCGUCUAUCAAUCGACUUCAAGUUGCUCAUCAUCGGCUCCAACCUCACCUUCGUCUAUUCAGUCACCAACAAUGACGAAUAGAACAUCCACAUCGUCGUCUGGGUCCUACGAUGUAAGGUCCACAAUAGAACAUACAAAUGUCGGUAGUUCUGGCAAUAAUGUUGUUGUGGGAAUUAACACUACUGGAGAAAAUGUUAGCAACAUGGGCGGUAUUUUCCAUUCAAGUUCACAAUUUAUAGCAAAUCUUUGGCAUGUCACUACCAACACAUCCAACUGUUCUUCUCCCAUAUCUGUUGCAACAGCAGCAAACAACCAAAAACAAGACCAACUUAGUACGACGUCAGUUAAUGAUUGUUUCGAUGUAAAUAUUGCCUCAAAUAACAGUGCAGACAUGAUAAAAUCCAAGUCCUUGUCGCACAUCGGCCAAUAUGUUUCAACAAAAAUACUCAAAGGGCAUACAAAAAAUCAACAAAAGUCAAGUGAAUUACUGCCAUUAAAUUCAGCAAACACAUCCAAAGUACCAAAAUGGUCAAAGUCAGGAAAAUGUUCUUGGAGUUCAGAAACUGGCGAGAAAAUUAAUUUAUGUGAUUGUGCAUUCCACGUUUUGUCCGAUUUGGAGGCCAAAAUGGUACAAAAAAUUUGCUUGGAGAAGAUAGUUGAAUUAAAUAUUGGAGUCGACUUAAGUAUAUUUAGUGAAGACAAAUCUCAUAAGCGGCGUCUCCUGACAAAGAAAAGAGCGAUGACUACAAGCUUUUUCGAUGUUGGAAAAAAAGAUAAUAAUGAUCACAACACGUCAUUGUUUGGUCAUAGUCUGGAAGAAUGUGUGAUCAAUGACAAAAAACGUGAAAUGUCAAAUAUGAGCGCUACAUCAGAUAGAGGAUCGAGAAAUUCCAUUGUGUCUUUGUUCCGGGUUGGAAGUAGCAGAGGUGCAAAAGAUUCCAUAAAUUCUCACAAACUAAAUGAAAAUGUAAGAAAUAAACUACUUAUUAUUAAGUUAAGAAAAAACCAAGUUAAAGUGCUAUAUUCGGCUCUGCCGAAUCUUAAAUACCCUCCCCCUUAAACUGGUUUCAUAAAUUAUCAAGACUGUUACAGAGCGUACUAAAUUUAACCUAUGUUCUGUAUUUAAAAUAGUUUCUAUGUGUGAGAGAAAUGUAUGGUAAUAAUUAUAGUUAUAAAACUUAUAUAAUUAUAAUACAAUAGAUUUUCAACGUUGUUGAUCCUAUGAAAAAAAAAUAAUAAAAUUGAUUUUAAAUGUUUAUUGUUGAACCGAAUUUCGACACUUAAUUUGAUUUUUUAAAAAAAUUAAUUAUUUAU